UGGGCGUCCCCUGGCGGGCCGUGUCGAGCUGGGCUGUUGUUUGGGGAGGGCGUUUGGUCCCCUGUGUGUUGAUGAGAUAAAACUGGCUGCUCCCGCUCCGGAACCCGAGGGCCGCCCGGUCCUAGUGCCCGCUGGAUACCCGGGGCCCAGGGGUGUGGGGAGGCCGGAGGCUGCGGCCCAAGCUAACAGCGACCCCGCUCCGCACAUCUCCCCGCGGGCCGCAGAUGGCCGGACGCUUCCUGGGGAAGACUUUAGCCACCGUGUCUCUCUCUGUGGCCUUGGCCUCUGUGACUCUCAAGUCCUUGGGCCGUUGCAGCAUCGCGGCGUGCAGUAACUCAUUUUCAUCCUGUGGAUUUCAUCUUAACUCCAACACGAUGUCUGGUUCUAAUGGUACCAAAGAGAAUUCCCACAACAAGGCUCGGACAUCUCCUUACCCAGGUUCAAAAGUUCAACGCAGCCAGGUUCCUAAUGAAAAGGUAGGCUGGCUUGUUGAGUGGCAAGACUAUAAUCCUGUGGAAUACACUGCAGUCUCUGUCUUGGCUGGACCUCGGUGGGCAGAUCCUCAGAUCAGUGAAAGCAACUUUUCACCCAAGUUUAAUGAAAAGGAUGGGCAUGUUGAGAGAAAGAGCCAGAAUGGCCUGUAUGAGAUUGAAAAUGGAAGACCUAGAAAUCCUGCAGGACGGACAGGACUGGUUGGCCGGGGGCUUUUGGGGCGAUGGGGCCCCAAUCAUGCUGCAGAUCCCAUCAUAACCAGGUGGAAAAGGGACAGAAGUGGAAAUAGAAUUACCCAUCCCAUUUCUGGGAAAAACAUCUUACAGUUUGUUGCAAUAAAAAGGAAAGACUGUGGAGAAUGGGCAAUCCCAGGGGGAAUGGUGGAUCCAGGAGAGAAGAUGAGUGCCACACUGAAAAGAGAAUUUGGUGAGGAAGCUCUCAACUCCUUACAGAAAUCUGGUGCUGAAAAGAGAGAAUUAGAGGAAAAGUUGCACAAGCUCUUCAGCCAGGAACAUCUAGUGAUAUAUAAAGGUUAUGUUGAUGAUCCUCGAAACACUGAUAAUGCAUGGAUGGAGACAGAAGCUGUGAAUUACCAUGAUGAAACAGGUGAGAUAAUGGAUAACCUUACCUUAGAAGCUGGAGAUGAUGCUGGAAAAGUGAAAUGGGUGGACGUGAGUGAUAAACUCAAGCUUUACGCUAGUCACUCUCAAUUCAUCCAACUUGUGGCAGAGAAACGAGAUGCCCACUGGAGUGAGGACUCUGAAACCGACUGCCGUGGGUUAUAGCUCGCAAUCUCCGUGUAAGCCCCAUGGCAGCAAAGGGACAUGUGCUGAAAAGAGGGCAGCAUCACAGAACUCAUAUAUCAAAAGGGCAGGGUAGAUCACUUGCGAAGUAUUUUAUUCACUUUCAAAAUGAUUUGCAUUUAGAAGGUUUUGCAUCAGAAUAAAAUUAGCAAAUACGGUGAAACAGAACACAGAAUUUUCUGCUUUCCAGUCAAAAGAGCUAUAAAUAAUCAUAUUUUGUAUGCAUUUUAUUUAAGCAUGGCUUAAACCAAAUUUAACAACUGAUGCUCUUUGAAGAAUCAGAAUCUAAAUAAAGGUAAAUUUCUGUUCAGCCAUAA